AUGGCAGACAGCAAGUUAUUACAGGCUCCGGCUCACUCGCGGGUGGCGCCUCUGUCGACGCCGUCCAAGUCGCAAAAAGUCCACUACCCUUUCUGGUUUGGAGGCUCGGCCUCAUGUUUUGCGGCCGCUGUGACACACCCGUUAGAUCUUGUCAAGGUCCGGUUACAAACACGUGCGCCAGAUGCUCCCAAGUCUAUGCUGGGAACCUUUGGACAUAUCGUCAGGCAUAAUGGCGUGACAGGCUUAUACAGUGGUCUUUCUGCUGCCCUUUUGCGCCAGAUAACCUAUUCCACCACCCGUUUCGGUAUCUACGAAGAACUCAAAAACCGCCUCACAAAACCCGACCCAACUUCCUCUACACCACCUGCUCCACCAGGUCUCCUCACCCUACUUGGAAUUUCUACCGUUUCAGGCUUCAUCGGUGGUGUCGCCGGUAAUCCCGCUGACGUGAUGAACGUGCGCAUGCAGUCCGACGCCGCCCUGCCAAUUGAGCAGCGCCGGAACUACCGCAAUGCCUUCCACGGACUGAUUCAGAUGACCAAACAAGAAGGCUUCGGCUCCCUUUUCCGCGGCGUCUGGCCGAACUCCACUCGCGCUGUGCUCAUGACCGCUUCGCAGCUCGCCUCCUACGAUACCUUUAAGAAACUGUGCAUUGAAAAGGUCGGUAUGAAGGAUAACGUGGGCACCCACUUCACGGCCUCAUUCAUGGCUGGAUUUGUCGCGACAACUGUUUGUAGCCCGGUGGAUGUCAUCAAGACUCGUAUCAUGAGUGCAUCGCCGGCCGAGAGUCGUGGCCACAGCAUUGCUGGCCUACUGCGUGAUAUCUGUCGCAAAGAGGGUCUCGCUUGGACUUUCCGUGGUUGGGUGCCUAGCUUCAUUCGUCUGGGUCCUCAUACUAUCGCUACAUUCAUUUUCCUGGAGGAGCACAAGAAGCUCUACAGGAAAUUGAAGGGCAUUUAA